AAUUCAGAGGUUGCUAGUCUCGCCGUGGGGAUGGAGGGUUAUCUGUCGAUGUUGCUCUUACUUCUCCGAUUUCAGGUCGCUGCCGGGCAGCGCUUAGAUGUGAGUGAGCUGCUCGGCGAGAAGCAGUCCAGCGGCGGCAGCGGCGGCGCUGCAGCACAAGAGAAGGUGCGAGGGUACGCGCAGCGUGCAGUUGAAAUCAAUAACUGUUUGCAAAAUGCUCCAGAUGUGGGAUGUGAUGUUUUUGAAUGUUUGGAAGACAGCACCUGUGAGCUAGAUAAUCUGUAUGAUAUCUGCAGACUUCUUCUCCAGAAUGCAGGAAGUUUUAAUAUACAGGGAAAACAAUUUAUCAAAGAUUUCCUGAAGUGUAAUGCUAUUGGGAUUAAGUCCAGAUUCAGCUGUAGUAUUCGAAGAUGUCCUGCAAUACAGGAGAUCCUUUCUGAACUGCAGGUGGUUUGUUACCAGAAGUAUGACAUCUGUGCUGUGGCAAAUGAUAAUGCUGAUGCUUUUGCAGAAAUGAUUGAUCUACACACUAUGCUAUUAAAUGGGGCAUACUUUGAAUUUGUAAAGAUAUUAUUUGACUGUGAUACUGGUAUUGCUGAUGCCAUAAGGAGAAGUAUACAAUCUCGAAUUGGUUCAAAGCUUGGUAUUUUGAGGAGGAUGGUACAAGAUGAUUCCUGCAGAAUAGCUGAGCAAGCAACAUUGGUCAGUGAAAAACGAACACCAGGAUCUGUGAAACCCAAGAAGGUCAAUAGAAAAGGAAGAAGCACUGGAUUAGACAACAUUACAUCUAGAGAUGAAUAUUGGAACCAGAAAACUGAAAAGCCUAUAUAUAGACUUCCAUAAUUAUGCACAGAUUUCUGUAUUUAGCAGCUAAAUGUACAGUUUUUGGUGAUUACUAGUAGCUUGAUAAAACACUGGGGUAUUACAGCACCUUUACCUAUUUUCCC